CUCCAGGUUCGCGACUAGCGGACCUGACAAGCGAUCCCCCAGCCCCGGCGUCCCGGGCGUGGGCACCCCACCCCCUCCCUCCCCUUUGGACCGACUAUUUGAACCACGCUCCCCGUUCUCGCCCGUCCCUCUGACGACUCUCUUCUUCUUCUCUUCACCCGUCGUCAUCCUUAAACAAGUCUGUCAAAGGUCAAAAUACAAUCGAGGAUAUCCUCUCACUUUACCGGACAAAACAAAAACCACACCUCCAACAAAACCCUCACCCCAUUGUCUGAUCGCGCUUACGAGUCGCGAUCACCCCGUCGUCAAGACGUUUUCCAACCUCCUCAACUCGGUCCAUCACCCGUACGCAGGAGCCCGCUGCUCUGCCUCCCCCGGAGGUUCAGCGGACUCGGUCAAGGAUCUCUAAAGACCCUUGCCUCCUACUUUAACGCGCAAAACCAAACACCCACCUGAACCCUGAACAACAUCGCCGCUUCCCCAGCGCCCUACCUCUGAACACCUCAAAAAGGCAAUCAUCAUGGCUCCCCAUGCAGAGGUCGACUCGGGCUCCGCGCACGGAGAUGGACCCUCCCCCCACCCCAACGGCAACGGCGCUGCUGCCACCACCGCCACGACUACUACUAACCAGCAGCACCGCGAGCUCUUCACCGUCAACUCCCCCAACGUCGUCUACACCGACGCCGAGAUCCUGUCAAAGUACACCUACCGCACCACAAAGGUUGCCCGCGACGCCGCCGGCAAGUACGUCGCCACCCCGACCGAGACCGUCUACGAGUUCAAGACGGACCGCAACGUGCCCCGUGUCGGCAUGAUGCUCGUCGGUUGGGGCGGCAACAACGGCACCACCGUCACCGCCGGCAUCCUCGCCAACCGCCGCGGCCUCGCCUGGGACACGCGUGAGGGGCCUCGCGCCGCAAACUACUACGGCUCCGUCAUCAUGGGCUCUACCGUCAAGCUUGGCACCGACGCCGACACGGCGCGCGAUGUCAACAUCCCCUUCCACGACCUCGUGCCCAUGGUCCACCCGGACGACCUCGCCAUCGGCGGCUGGGACAUCAGCGGCAUGAGUCUCGCCGACGCCAUGGACCGCGCCCAGGUGCUCGAGCCGACCCUCAAGGCCCAGUUGAGGAAGGAGAUGGCCGACAUGGUGCCGCUGCCGAGCAUUUACUACCCGGACUUCAUCGCCGCCAACCAGGAGGACCGGGCCGACAACCUGAUCCCCGGCAGCAAGGCCUGCACGGCCCACGUCGAGCAGAUCCGCAAGGACAUCCGCGACUUCAAGGAGGCCAACGGGCUCGACAAGGUCAUCGUCCAAUGGACCGCCAACACGGAGCGCUACGCCGACAUCAUCCCAGGCGUCAACGACACUGCCGACAACCUGCUUCGGGCCAUUGACGAGGGCCACGAGGAGGUCUCGCCCUCGACUGUCUUCUCCGUCGCUUGCACGCUCGAGGGCGUGCCCUUCAUCAACGGGUCGCCACAGAACACCUUCGUGCCCGGUGCGAUCGAGCUGGCCGAGCGGCACGGGGCCUUCAUUGGCGGCGACGACUUCAAGUCGGGCCAGACCAAGAUGAAGUCGGCGCUCGUCGACUUCCUCAUCAACGCGGGCAUCAAGCUGACGUCCAUCGCAAGCUACAACCACUUGGGCAACAACGACGGCAAGAACCUUAGCUCGCACAAGCAGUUCCGAUCCAAGGAGAUCUCCAAGUCCAACGUCGUCGACGACAUGGUCGAAGCCAACUCGGUGCUGUACAAGGAGGGCGAGCACCCGGACCACACCGUCGUCAUCAAGUACAUGCCGGCCGUGGGCGACAACAAGCGGGCGCUUGACGAGUACUACGCCGAGAUCUUCAUGGGUGGUCACCAGACCAUCUCGCUGUUUAACGUGUGCGAGGACUCACUGCUGGCGUCGCCGCUCAUCAUCGACCUCGUUCUCGUGGCUGAGAUGAUGACACGCAUCCAGUGGAGGGCGACGUCGGGGUCGGGGUCCGCGUCGACAAACGACUUCAAGGGCUUCCAUAGCGUGCUGAGUAUCCUGAGCUACAUGCUCAAGGCGCCGCUGACACCGCCCGGGACGCCCGUCGUCAACGCGCUGAGCAAGCAGCGCGCCGCGUUGACCAAUAUCUUCCGCGCGUGCGUUGGCCUCGAGCCCGAGUCGGAGAUGACGCUCGAGCAUAAGCUCUUCUGAUCUUUGGAUCCUCCGAGAAGCCAGCCCGCCAGGGGGGACGGGGGAUGGGGAUGCCUGGCCUCUGAGCUCCGGGGGACGAUUGCCUCGGUGAGCUUUUGAGACGGGCCACCCUCCAAGGUCCCUGGCACCCGUGGAGACGGAUUGGCGACUCCGAGCUCUGUUUCGUUCUCUUGCCCAUGCCAAUGGGCUUUUCUUUGGAUUUUUGGAAUUCGAAUUUUGGAGGCGGAACACGCCCCAGCCGAUCGCUACAAGGUUUGUCCUAUAGUUAGAAAGAGAAAAUACAACAACACCGCCCGUCUUUACCGCAC